CAUAAUGUGUCACAUUCCAGUGUUCUGUCGGAUCACAGCAGUGGUGCUUGGAGGAAAGGGAAAAGAGAAAGGAGUCUCUGACCAGGAAAUGCCCAAAACGUUGACUGAAAUGUACGCACAAUUCAGUGUCUUUCAGAUCACCAGAAUGAAGAAAUACCAAGAGGAGGAGAUGAGCCCAGAGGAAAAAGGGCAGCUUCUUGUUAAACUUGGGAAACUAGCAUUCAAACAUCUGGAGAGUGGCACCCUGAUAUUCUAUGAGAAGGAUCUGAAGGAAUGUGAAAUUGAUGUAAAUACAGGAGCAUUGAAGGCUGGACUUUGUACACAGAUCUUCAAAAAAGAAAGUGCUAUAAAUGGAAAGAGCAUAUUCAGCUUUGUGCACCUGAGUGUACAGGAAUUCCUGGCAGCUCUGUACUUGCUCCACACACAUGCAAUUGACAAAGCAAAUCUCUUUAUCAAGACCACUUGGGAGAAGACUAGAUGGGUUGUCAAGAACACAAGGUUCGACCUCUAUAAGAUGUCUUUGGAGAGGGCCUUACUAAGUGAAAAUGGACAAUUGGAUCUUUGUGUGCGCUUCCUUCUUGGACUGGCUCCAAUGUUGGAGCCUGAAGUCCGGUUCCCCCUGAAUGAUGUUCUGCCACAUUUGGGACAACAGAGCAUCAAGAAGACAGUUGAAUACAUCAAGAAAAAGAUCAGCAAAAACAUCCCACCAGAACGGAUGAUCAACCUUUUCCACUGUCUGAAUGAACUUGGAGAUGAUUCACUGGUUGAGGAGAUCAACAGAUACAUGAGCUCAGCAGGCGAGGAGAAGAAACUGACUCCAGCCCAGUGUUCAGCUCUGACUUAUCUGCUGCUGAUGUCAGCGGAAGAGCUGGAGGAGUUUGAUCUGAAGAAAUACCUGAGAUCAGAGGAAGGGCUCCACAGAAUGCUCCCUGUAGUCAAUGUCUCUAGGAGGGUUUGGCUAAAUCAGUGUCACCUCUCUAAAGCAAGCUGUGAAAUGAUGGCAUCAGUGCUGCAGAGGACACCUUCCCAUCUGAUAGAACUGGACAUGAGUGACAAUGGCCUGCAGGAUGAAGGAGUGGAGCUGCUCUAUGUGGGACUAAGAGAAUCGCAAUGCAAGCUGGAGACACUGAGAAUGGCUAGUUGUAAGCUAACAGAGGAGUCCUGUAAGGCUGUAGCCUCUGCUUUGCAGUCCUCCAUCUCCCUAAAGGAACUGGACCUGAGUCACAAUGACCUGAAGGAUUCUGGAGUUCAGCUUCUCUCUGCAGGACUCAGUAGCCCGCACUGUAAACUGCAGACUUUAAGAUUGUCUCAUUGUCUGAUCACUCAGAAUGGCUGUUCUUUUUUGUCCUCUGCCCUCAAAUCAAACCCCUCGUACUUGAAACAACUGGAUCUGAGCUACAAUCACCCAGGAGACUCAGGUGUCAAACAGCUCACGGAGAGACUGGAUGAUCUCAACUGUAAACUAGAGACUUUCAGGUAUGACUAUGGAGGAGAAUUCAGGAUUAAACCAGGAAUAAAAUAUGCCUGUGAGCUCACACUGGACCCAAACACAGCAUGCAGAGAUCUCUCUCUCUCUGAGGGGAACAGAAAGGUGACGCGUGUGAGUGAGGAGCAGCCGUAUCCUGACCACCCAGAGAGAUUUGACUCCUGCUAUCAGGUGCUGUGUAGAGAGGGUCUGACUGGACGCUGCUACUGGGAGGCUGAGUGGAGUGGUGAUUGGGUUUAUAUAGCAGUGGCCUAUAAGAGCACUCCGAGGAGAGAGAGGAGUGGGCAGAGCAGCAUGUUUGGACGUAAUGCCAAGUCCUGGAGUGUGAAGUACUCUAGUAACAGUUACGCUGCCCAUCACAAUAAUAAUAAGACUGACAUACCCACCCCCUCCUCCCGCUCCAGCAGAGUAGGAGUGUACCUGGACUGGCCAGCAGGCACUCUGUCCUUCUACAGCGUCUCCUCUAACACACUCACCCACCUGCACACGUUCCACUCCACAUUCAUUGAG